CUAGAUCCGAGUCAGCCCCCGAGUGUGGCGGCCAGCGCUUUCUCGCCCCAGCCCGCCAAGGGUGGGGUUUGGCCCGCGAGGGGUGCUGGAGGUGGCCAGGCCGGAGAAAUUCCUUCCAUUUCCCCGCUGGCUUCCAGGAGUUAGGGAGCUCGGCUGCCAGGACACCGAGCCGGGAGGAACCAGAGUUGCCCGGUGCAACCCCUUCGUGGGACUGAGCCGAGAAGCCGAGCCUGGAGAGGGUCUCGUGGAGUAAGGAGCGGACCUGGGAUUAGAAAUGCUGCAGAGGUGGCUUCCAGUGGAGUAAUAAUUUGGGUUGGGGGCUAGUAUUAGGGGUGUGCUGGGAAAAGGAAGGCUGGGCAGAGGUAGGUGGAUUGAGAGUAGUUAUGCCCAAAGUGUGCUGAUGUAGUAGGAGGCUUCAGUGGUGACUUCAGGCUUGGUCCUAGACCCACACCAAGUGAAUUGGAUGAAGACUUGAAAGGGAAGCCAGCCCGACUCUUUGUAGUGACCUAGAGGUGAGAGGAAUGACAAUGACAAAUGUAUAGUAUGGUAAAGCCAAGAUUCCAAGCGAUGGCAGCCAGGCAGAAGGAUGGGCCAAGUCUUAACAGGAUGAAUGAGACUGAUUAUGAAUGUUGAGGCCUGUGCUGGAGUUAAGAAAAUUAGCUGAGAGGUUCAACCCAGCAACCCAGGCCCCGGAGCUUCCCACUGGUUCUCUGGUGUUGGCUGUCAAAUUGCUCUGUGCCCACUAAGCAGAUCCAAGGAGGGAAGGGGGAUGCCUGGCCCUGGGCUCCCUGGUUGGGCUCCCUGGGUUCUAAUCCUAGCUUUGUCACUUCCUAGCUGUGUGACCUUGGGCAGAUUGCUUAACAUUUCUGUGCCUUAGUUUCCUCCUUGUUAAAAUGUUCAUAGUAAGAAUAAUGCUUUUCUCACAGUGUUGUGAGGCUAAAAUGAGAACACGAGUGUAAAGUGCUUAGUGAUAUAUUUAGCAUAUGGUGUUCAACAAAUAUUAGCUGCUGUUGUUAUUGUUGAUAAUAGUAAUAUGCCCAUUUCUGGGUGGGGACAUUGGCCAAUGCAGAGUUUAUGCCAUCAGGAAGCCACCAGGGCUGCAGAGGGUCUGUCAUUCAUGUCCUGUUGCAAGGAGUUCAGAUAAGAAAAGACUCAGUUGAUAGGAAGGAGGAGAAGGAGGUUUCAGGUGGGUUCAUGCAGGGCUGGGAUCCAGGGCUGGGGGCUCUUGAGUCAGUCAUGACUCAACAUAGGAAAGAACCCUUGGAGUUUGGGUCUGCCCCCAAAUGGAAGGGACAGCUCCUUAGCUGCAGUGUUCUCCCUGCCUCCUUCCAAGUGACUGUCUGACCCUCCUCCUAAACCUGUCCUGAUGCAGGCAUGUCUGAGUCCCCCUCUCCCGCAUUCCACAAAUACUUACUGAGCACCUAUUAGUACUGAGCUCUGGUUUAGAGACUGAACUCUGCAGCAGUUGAGACAGAUGCGUAAACAGAUGCACAGCAUUAGUCCUAUGGAGAUGAUAAAAAUAGGUUCAUGUGGCGGGGUGGGAGUGGAGGUGAAAUGGGAAUGGAAACCUGAUUGAUGAGAAGGCGCUAGCCAUACAGACAUUGCAGGCAGUGACUCAGAGGCUCUGAGUGGGGAAAGAAAGCCCAUGGGGCUGGAGCACAGCAAGGAAGGGGAGCAGGAGCUGGGUACUGAAGUCUGGCCUGAGGCUCCCACUUCCUUUGGGGGGGAAUCACUUUCUCCUCCUCCAAGCCCACUCAGCCCUUGGUUUGUCCUCUGCACAGUGCUGAUUGUAACCGACCUUGAUUCAUUCCUGCCUUGUAACCUCCUGGGGCCCAGGGAUCUUGAUUUGCUGCUUCUUGGAUCUCCCACUGUUUGAAGCUCACUGUCUGGCUCGCAGUAGGCCCUCAGUAAAUGCUUGUGGAAUGACUGUUGAGGAUGGGAUUUUGAUGGGGGGGCAGGAGGUGGGAUCAGAUGCCUGCUCUAAGAUGUUAUGAAUCACUUUCUGGGCACCAACUGGAUCCCCUACUCUGACCUCUGUUCUCAGAUACAGGGUCUUCCCGGGCACUCAGGUUGGGCCUGACUGUGGUAGGAGGUGUUUGGCCCUCCCUACCCUUUGUCCUCAGCUGUGGGCUGGAAGGGAGAAAAGGGAAGGUUGGUGGGGUCGGGGAUGGGGGGAGGCUAGGGCAUGACCGCAGACCGUUUCUGGUGUAUGGGAAGAUGACAGGGUCAUUCUGGGAAGCAGGUGUAGGCUGUGGGCUGGGCCAGGUUUGCAGCCUGGUUUUGCCUUCUGUUUGGGGUUGGACUCCCUCCAGAUGAUGCAGACCGCCUUCCCCUUCUUCAUGCCCUGCUCCCCAUUAUACCCACAGGGAUAUCGGGGUGCUAAUAGCUCUGUAAGAGGAGAAUCUGGGUACCAUGGGCCAGAGGAGCUCCCCUUAGCCUGUGGACCCUGGGACAGAGGUUAGGAGGGUGAAGGAGUCCAUCACCUACCCUCUGGGAACCCCUCCUCCUCACUCCCUCUGCCUGCCACCGUGGAAGCAUCUACUUCUCUUUUCCCAGAUCUCAUCUCGGCCUGAAGGGCAUCCUGAUAACCAGGGAAGAUCACGCCUUGGCUGGUCCUGCCCUCACCUCGGGGCCCGGUCAAGAGAGGCGAGGGCUGAGUAAGGGUAGGAAAAGGGAAGGAGAGAAGUGGGGUCUGCGUUGCCCUGGCUGAAGGCUUUGGCACCAGCAGGGUCGGGGAGAGCUUGAAGAGGCUGGAGGGGUGACACACACAGGUGGCUCUGGAAGUAGAGGCCAGGUGCCCAGAAGUGGCUUGGAAUAGGAACCAGGGUGUGGGGUUAGCUUUUAUGUGUCUUCAUUCAAUUUCUCCUAAUAAUGAUAGCACCUAUGUAUCCAGCACUGUUUUAAGUCCUUUACACAUAUGAGCUCAUUUUAAGCCUGCUGGUAACCGUAUGGUUGUUAAUUUUAGAGAUGUCAAUUACAGAUUCACUUUUUCUUUUUUAGAUUUAUUUAUUUAUUUAUUAUUAAUUUUUUGGCUGCAUUGGGUCUUUGUUGCUGCAUGCAGGCUUUCUCUAGUCGCAGCGAGUGGGGGCUACUCUUUGUUGCGGUGCACGGGCUGCUCAUUGUGGUGGCUUCUCUUGUAGCAGACAACGGCCUCUAGGCACGCGGACUUCAGUAGUUGCAGCAUGUGGGCUCAGUAGUUGUGGCUCGCAGGUUCUGGAGCGCAGGCUCAGUAGUUGUGGCGCACGGGCUUAGUUGCUUUGCAGUAUGUGGGAUCUUCUCAGACCAGGGCUUGAACCCGUGUCCCCUGCAUUAGCAGGCGGAUUCUUAACCACUGCGCCACCAGAGAAGUCCCACAGAUUCUCAUUUUCACCGAUGAGUAACAGAAGUUAUGUAACUUGCCUAAGGUUACAAGUGAUGGAGCCAGGAUCUGAACCCAGGCAACAAGGAUGCAGCGUCCGUGCUCUUAACCACUCUGCCGCAAGCUGGACCUUCCAGUUUUGUGACUGGAAUCCCUUCAGAGAGGAUUUCCUGAGAGUCCCCAUGGCUCGGAUUAGAAGGCUGGGCUGCCUAGAGAUGGGGGCAUGGAGCCCUUGCUCUGCGGCCUCUGAGGCUUUGGGGGCCAAGUUGGAGCCCCUUAAAGGAGAGAGGGGUAUUCUGCUCUGUCCUCACAAUAGCUCCCUUUUCUCUGCCUACAACAUGCCCUUUUGUGCACGUCAGGGAGCUGAAAGCUGGAUUGAGGGAAUGGUCCUGCCGGCUGGUUCCUCCUCUCUCGCGUGGACUCUCCCUCUGUAGGCCUCCACUGUGGACAGAGGCCAGCCCCAGCCCCUCCCUGGUGUCAGCGCCUUCUGCCAGGCCCUGAAGGCCCGAGGGAUGGUUGAGUGUUGUUCAAGGUCUGUUGGUCCAUCCAGAGUGAAAGGAAGGGUCAUCUCUGAGCAACACCCCCUUCAGGCCUUGAGAGAUCCCCGGAUGAAGCAGGAGCUGGCUCAGUAUCCCCCCCUGGACCCUCAAACUCUGUUGCCUCUUGUGGAGUUGGUGUUCGAGGUGUAGAGGUGUAGAGAGUCCCAGAGAGGUGGCUGGGAUGCGGAGGAUGGGGUACCAGCCCUCCAAGCCUGGAGGGAAGGAGGGAAAGCCCUGGGAAGCAGGGCCUCCUGUUCCGGGGGCUGCGCUGGGUAUGCACCUGGCCUCUUGCUGGCAGCAGGCACUGUGCCACCAACCUCGGGCUGGGGCAGGGAGAGGAAUUACUGUAAGUGGAAGAAGCAGGUGUCCCUGGUCAGCCGGACAUCUGGACUCGGGAAGCACGUGAGUGAAGAUGACAGCAGCGGCCGGGUGUCUUCCCCUCCGCUCAGCCCCCACCUCCACCCUCAGGUCAGACGCGGCCUGCUGAGCGCCUAGCCUUCCCUCUGGGUACCCAGUGGCUCCUGGGGUCAGAAUUCCUUGCGGUCAGUCCGUUGUCUGGGUGAGGGUGAUGAUUGGGUCGAAUUCCCAUGCCAGAGACGCUGCCAAGGCCACCGUGAGGGCUGCCAGCGGGGGCUCCAUGAGCGCUAGAGCUGCUGGUCCUGUGACGUGGGCACCUGUCUGCCAGGCCCGGGCAUGGGCCCAGGGUCACGCUCAUGCCGGGGCUCCCGUCAGCUGACUAUUUUAGGCUCUUGCUGACCUGGGCCAAAGUCAGGCCUCAGCCAAGAGGGCCCUGAGGCAGCUCCCCCUGCCCCCAGAGGCCAGCUCUGGUUUCAGCUAUAUAAACAGAGGAGGACAUGCUGGCUUGGAGGCCGCUCCACGUCCUGAGUCCACUCAGCUGGUGCACAGCCUCGGUCGGCAGGACGGGCUGACUGGGCGGUCACGUCUCUUCCCGCAGGGCUUCCUGAGGCCACCGGGAAGAGUCCCCAACCAACCCUGGGAUUCUCCCUUGGUGCUGUUGUCCAGGACCUCAGAGAAUCAAAGCAGAUCGUGUGGAGGAAGCUGAGAUGCCCUGUAUCCAAGCCCAGUAUGGGACACCAGCACCAAGCCCAGGACCCCGUGACCACCUGACAAGCGACCCCCUGACCCCCGAGCUCAGCAAGCCCACCAUGGACCUGGCCAGCCCUGAGGCGGCCCCCACUGUCCCCACUGCCUUGCCCAGCUUCAGCACCUUCAUGGACGGCUACACAGGGGAGUUUGACACCUUUCUCUACCAGCUGCCGGGAACAGCCCAGCCGUGUUCCUCGGCCUCCUCCUCGGCCUCCUCCGCAUCCUCAUCGUCAGCCACCUCCCCUGCCUCUGCUUCAUUCAAGUUUGAGGACUUCCAGGUGUACGGCUGCUACCCCGGCACCCUGAGCGGCCCUCUCGAUGAGACCCUGUCCUCCAGCGGCUCUGACUACUAUGGCAGUCCCUGCUCAGCCCCAUCCCCGUCCACGCCCAGCUUCCAGCCGCCCCAGCUCUCUCCCUGGGACGGCUCCUUCGGCCCCUUCUCGCCCAACCAGACUUACGAAGGCAUGCGGGCAUGGACAGAGCAGCUGCCCAAGGCUUCUGGGCCCCCCCAGCCGCCGACCUUCUUUUCCUUCAGCCCUCCCACCGGCCCCAGUCCUAGCCUGGCCCAAAGCCCCCUGAAGCUGUUCCCCUCGCAGGCUGCCCACCAGCUGGGGGAGGGAGAGAGCUAUUCCAUGCCAACAGCGUUCCCAGGCCUGGUACCCGCUUCUUCACACCUUGAUGGCUUGGGGAUGGUGGAUGCGCCCAUGACCUCAGCCAAGGCCCGGAGUGGGGCUCCGGGUGGAAGCGAGGGCCGCUGUGCUGUGUGUGGGGACAACGCCUCUUGCCAGCAUUAUGGUGUCCGCACCUGUGAGGGCUGCAAGGGCUUCUUCAAGCGCACAGUGCAGAAAAAUGCCAAGUACAUCUGCCUGGCUAACAAGGACUGCCCUGUGGACAAGAGACGGCGAAACCGCUGCCAGUUCUGUCGCUUCCAGAAGUGCCUGGCUGUGGGCAUGGUGAAGGAAGUUGUCCGGACAGACAGCCUGAAGGGGCGGCGGGGUCGGCUCCCUUCAAAGCCCAAGCAGCCCCCGGAUGCCUCCCCUGCGAAUCUCCUCACUUCCCUGGUCCGGGCACACCUGGACUCAGGGCCCAGCACUUCCAAACUGGACUACUCCAAGUUCCAGGAGCUGGUGCUGCCCCACUUUGGGAAGGAGGAUGCCGGGGACGUGCAGCAGUUCUACGACCUGCUUUCGGGUUCCCUGGAGGUUAUCCGCAAGUGGGCUGAGAAGAUCCCCGGCUUUGCCGAGCUGUCCCCCGGGGACCAGGACUUGCUGCUGGAGUCGGCCUUCCUGGAGCUCUUCAUCCUCCGCCUGGCCUACCGGUCUAAGCCGGCUGAGGGGAAGCUCAUCUUCUGCUCGGGCCUGGUGCUGCACCGGCUGCAGUGUGCCCGCGGCUUCGGGGACUGGAUCGACAGCAUCCUGGCCUUCUCUCGCUCCCUGCACAGCUUGGUCGUCGAUGUCCCUGCCUUUGCCUGCCUCUCUGCGCUUGUCCUCAUCACAGACCGGCACGGGCUGCAGGAGCCUUGCAGGGUAGAGGAGCUGCAGAACCGCAUCGCCAGCUGCCUGAAGGAGCACGUCUCGGCCGAGGCAGGCGAGCCUCAGCCGGCCAGCUGCCUGUCACGCCUGCUGGGCAAGCUGCCUGAGCUGCGGACCCUGUGCACCCAGGGCCUGCAGCGCAUCUUCUACCUCAAGCUGGAGGACUUGGUGCCCCCUCCACCCAUCGUCGAGAAGAUCUUUAUGGACACGCUGCCCUUCUGACCCCAGCCCGGGAACACGUGUGCACUCUGUGUGCACGCUCAUACGCCACCCCACGUGCCUUUAGCCCACGGCCCACGGACCCCUGGAGCACCACCCCUCAGCUUGGGCCUGAGCUGCAGACUGGCCGCCCCUCCCCGCCACCUGCUCUGGGAGGUCGGCAGGGAGUUCAUGCCCUGGGGGAGGGGGGGAUGCAUUCACAGGGGUGACCCUUACUAUUUGUCUUACCCCCCAGCCCAGCCCUGGUCUUCAUGUUUUUGUAAGAUAAAACCGUUUUUAACACACACACCGCCAUGCUGUAAAUAAGCCGAAUGCUGCUGUAAAUACAGGAAGGAAGAGGUUGAGGUGGGAGUGGGGUUUGGGAGGGAGGGACGGGCCCCCACCAGCCUCCUCCUACUUGCUCUCUCUUCCCGCCCUCCUUCCACGUGUACAUAGACUCACUCUAGGAGGAAGACAAGUGACAGAUUCUGACAUUUAUAUUUGUGUAUUUUCCUGGAUUUAUAGUAUGUGACUUUUCUGAUUAAUAUAUUUAAUAUAUUGAAUAAAAAAUAGACAUGUAGCUGAA